AUGUCUGCCGCUUCCUCCUCACAUAACUUGAAUCUGGACGCUUCCCCAUCGGCGACUCCUUCUGACGACGCGACGCUUGCGGAGCCGGUUGAACGGCAACCACCACAGAAUGUCGCGGAGAAGUCGGAUCCAUAUUUGGUCCAAUUUGACGAAAACGAUCCUAUGGACCCGAAGACCUGGGGGAGGAGAAAGCGGUGGUACAUGACGACCCUGGCGGGCAUCCUGGUCCUGAACGCCACGUUCGCGAGUACGGCGCCCUCGAACAUCGUCGACCAGAUCAUGCAAGAUCUGCACUUUGGGGAGGAGGUGGCGAGUCUCUUGACCUCGAUCUUUGUUUUGGGCUUCGCCUUCGGGCCAAUUGUAUGGGGACCUCUGAGCGAACAAAUUGGACGCAAGCCAGUCCUCGUCGUUGCCUUCUUCUGCUACACGUGUUGGCAAGUUGGCUGUGCCCUGAGCCCCAACACCGGCGCCUUGUUAGUUUUCCGCCUUCUCGGCGGUCUUUUCGCCUCUGCGCCAUUGACAGUCAGCGGAGCCCUCAUCAGCGAUAUCUGGGACACAAAGACUCGCGGCACCGCGAUGACAUCUUACUCGUUGGCACCGUUUGCUGGCCCCGCUCUGGGCCCGACCGUCGCUGGAUGGAUCGACCAGUCCGGUACGAACUGGAGAUGGGUGUUCUGGGUGACGACUUGCUUCGCGGGUACAUGUCUAAUCUUCGUCGUCUUCACUCUACCCGAGACGCACGCGCCCACCAUCUUAACCCACAAGGCGAAGAAGAUGCGCAAGACGACCGGUGACUUAGGUUACUACUCGGCGCUCGAGGCAAGGAAGCAGCCCCUUGUUCAGAGGGUCAGGACUAUCGUUGUAUCGCCUUUCCAAAUGUUGGUGGAGGAGCCAAUGCUUGCAGCUAUCACAGUAUACAUGAGCUUCGUCUAUGGGUGUCUAUACCUUCUAUUUGAGUCAUAUCCGAUCGUCUUCACUCAGGAUCAUAACCUCAACCCGGGUGUCUCGGGUUUGAUGUUCAUCCCUUUCUUCCUUGGAGGCGUUGCUGGGUGCAUCUUCUAUCUGAUCUUCUAUCACCCUCGCUAUGUCCGAUACAUGGAGGAAUACGCGCCCGCACUCGUUCCACCUGAGAAGCGUCUCGAAGUGACACUCAUUGCGGCGCCGCUCUUCAGCAUCGCUUUCUUCUGGUUCGGCUGGACGUCUUACUCGUGGAUUCCCUUCUGGUCCAGCAUGAUGGCCGGCAGCCUUCUCGGCUUCUCUAUCCUCCUCAUCUUCUUCACACAGUUCAACUUCAUCGUGGACACCUAUUUGGUCUCUGCCGCGACGGCAUUGUCUGCAAACACCAUCGUGCGCUCCGUCGUGGGUGCCGCCUUUCCCCUCUUCGCCAGGCAGAUGUUCGAUUCUCUCAACCCGCGAUGGGCAUCAACCCUGCUGGGUUGCUUCGCGGCCUUAUUGGCGCCUAUACCGUUCCUGUUGACGAGAUAUGGGCCCGCUCUACGCAAGCGGUCGAAGUUUGUCCCGCAAGCCGCUCAGAAAACACCGUCGGCAAAACCUGAAGAGAAAGUCUGA